AUGUAUACCAUAACGCAUAGCAGACAACCCGACUGCCCGGAAGGUAGCACAGAUUACAGAACUGAGCAGUGUGCGGCUUACAACAGCGUUGAAUUCGAAGAGCAGUAUUAUGAUUGGAUUCCUUAUACCAAAGCAGAGAACAAAUGCCAGUUAAAUUGUAUGCCCAGAGGAGAGAGGUUCUAUUACAGGCAUAAAGAUAAAGUUGAGGAUGGUACUCUUUGCUCAGAGGACAGCUUGGAUGUGUGUGUUGAUGGUGUGUGUAGGCCUGUGGGAUGUGACAGGUUGUUAGGGUCCACAACUAAAGAAGAUGUAUGCCGUGUUUGCGGUGGUGACGGUAGCUCAUGCACUACAACAAACGGCAUAGUAGAAGACACUGGAUUUACCACAGGUUACAAUGAUCUAUUUCUUAUUCCUGCUGGAGCUACCAACAUUAAAGUUGUGGAAAAGAGACCAUCAAACAAUUAUUUAGCUAUUAGAAACAAGACCGGUCAUUACUACUUAAAUGGAGACUGGAGAAUAGACUUCCCAAGAAGUUUGAAAUUUGCUGGUUCCACAUUCACCUACAGCCGCAAAAAACCAUUUGGUAUUUCUACACCUGAAUCAAUCACUGCUUUAGGUCCAACUAAUGAAGUUAUUUAUGUUGUAUAUUUUAUGAAUAAUAAUAAAACAACAUUUUUUAGCUUUUAUAUCAAGAACGAAAUCCUGGUAUUGAAUAUACAUACAGCAUUCCCAAAGGUACAGUUCAUGAAGUAUCACGUCAGGGCUACAGGUGGCAAUUCGGUGAAUGGUCUGCAUGCAAUACAACUUGUGGCAGUGGUUUUCAAGUGCGAGAAGUAUGGUGUGCACUUCGCCAUGAUGCAAGUAAGGCUUCAAACGAGCUUUGUGAUCCUACCACUGUGCCUGCUUCUGUUCAAAGAUGCUCACUCACUUCAUGCCCUCCCAAAUGGACUACAUCUGAUUGGUCAUCCUGCUCUGUUACCUGUAGCGCAAAUGGAACAAAAACCAGACAGUUUUAAAUAUAUUCAUAUUCAAUUGCUUCAGGUUUACUGUACACAAGAUGACGGCUCUGGACAAACCACUCUAGUCGAUGAUACAGUUUGUGCAGAAGCUGGGUCUAAGCCCUCAACAACACAGGCAUGUGAAGAAACUACACCUUGCCCUACCUGGCAUGUUGGACCAUGGAAACCAUGUGACCGUUUGUGUGGAGAUGGCAAGCAAAGGAGAGAUGUCCACUGUUACAGUAAAAUAGACAAAAGGAUAGAAAUCUUGGAUUAUUCUCAGUGUGGUGGGCUAAGGCCUGAAUCCGAGAAGCCUUGUAAUUUAAGACCUUGUGAUGGUGUGGAUUGGAUUACAAGUAAAUGGUCAGGGUGCAGUGAUAAAUGUGGUCUUGCAUUUGAAACUAGAACUGCUUAUUGUGGCAGUAAAGAUGGAAAACCAUAUCCUGAUUCUAUGUGCCAUGAAUAUCGCAAGCCAAAAUUAGUUCAGAAUUGUACAUAUGUACAAUGUGCAAGUCAGUGGUAUGCAUCCCAAUGGAGUGCUUGCUCAGCAAAAUGCGGUACCGGAGUUCAAACAAGGUCAGUAUUCUGUGCUACAUUUGAUGGUGAUACUUUCAAGAAAGUUGAUAAUUCAAAAUGUGAUGCAGCAAAAAAAUACGAAGAAAAACAAGAAUGUAAAGUUGAAGAUGAAUGUAAAGGUGAAUGGUUUUACGGACCUUUCUCAAGUUGUAGCAAACCUUGCGGUGGUGGAAGGAUGACCAGAAAGAUAUUGUGUGUGAAAGAUAAUCAAACUGUUAGCAUUAAAGAGUGUUCAGUCGAUAAUAUUGAAACUGCAACCGCAGAUUGCAAUAUGCACGCUUGUGGAGAAGAUGAAAUAAUUCCUGUGGAACCAACCCAAGUCAUCAGUGAGGAUUAUGAUGAAUGUGAAGGUGAAGAUUAUGAUUAUGAAAUUAUAACUGAAGGCAGUUAUAUUAAAGUCAACACCAAAUUGGACUCAAGCACUGAAGAUGGCCUUAUAACCUUAACUGACAAAGAAAUAAAAGAGAUAACUGACAUGACUGAUGAAGACGAAGGUUCUGGAGGCUUCUCUGAGGAUCUGAUUACUAUUAGUUCUGCCAAACCCACUACUGAAAGCAGCCUCAGAACUAGCCAAGUUCCAGUAUCUUCCGUCCCACCUUCAACUGAGUUUGGUACUUCAGCUGGAAUUAGUGAAAUUCCAUCUUCACCCCUUGUAACAAGUUCACCAUCUUUGACAACCAGUGCUCCUGAAGUGUCUGGCUCUUCUCUUGUAACAAGUGGUUCAUCAGUUGCUGCAAGCUCUAGUAUUGAGCCUUAUACUUCAGUUGUAACUGAUAUUCCUAUAGUUUCUCAAAGUCCAGGAGUAUCUGACAUUUCUCUUGUAAGUGAUGUAAAUCUAGAGGUUACUAGCCCUAGUGGAAAAUCUGAUGUAACUGAUUCAUCACCUAUUGCUUCAUCUGAAAAGCCAGAUUCAGGUUCUUCAGUUUCGAUGUUAGAUGAAGUCUCUUCUACUUUGAGUUCUGUGAGCAAGAGUGAAACUAGUUCAGAAUUAGCAACAGAUGUUACUGAUUCUAGUCAGUCUGUUUCCAAUGAGGAUAUUUCUACUACUGGAAAUCCUGCAUCAUCUAGUGAGGGGAUAUCUUCUGAAAUGCCUCUCAGCGAUCAAUCAGCUGGUGAAGGUAGCUCAGUCCCAUCAGAAUCUACUUCAACAGAUUCCACAGAUCUUGCACAAACAAGCUCUGAUAGUUCUUCUCCUGAAAGCACUACGCUUGACUCAGAAUCCUCUAGCUCCCCAUCAACAUUGAAUACGUUAUCUUCAGAAGAUGUUACCAGUUCUUCUUCGAGUGAAGCCUCAACUGAAAACACUAUUGUGGCCUCAACUGAUGUGGGGAUUACAGAAAUCUCAGGUGGAUCUAGUCCUGCAUCAUCAGAAGUAUAUGGUACAUCAACUGAAAGCUUUGGAAUAACUUCGAGUAUUAUUGGGUCAUCUAUAUCAUCUUGGUUUUCUGCUAGUUCGUCUGUAUCAGAAGAUGUUACAGAAACAAGUUCAGAAUCUAUAAUCGCCAGUUCAACAGCUGGUGAAUCAAGUUCUGUAUCUAUGGAAACAAAUUCAGUAGCUACUGGUAUGAGUUCCUCGGCUGUUGAGACAAGUUCGGUAGUUGCUGAUAUGAGUUCCUCGGCUGUUGAGACAAGUUCCAUAGCUGCUGGUAUGAGUUCCUCGGGUGUUGAGACAAGUUCAGUAGCUGCUGGAAUGAGUUCCUUGGGUGUUGAGACAAGUUCGUUGCCAGGAGAGACAAGUUCCUUGUCUUUAGAAACUAGUCAACUACCAGUUUCAUCUUCUGACCAUAGUACAUCUGGUCAAGAGUUAGUAGAAAGUACAACUUCUGAAAUCUUGUUGUCCAGCCAGACACCAGCUACUUCAUCAGGAGCUACUAGUUUGGGUGAGACAUCCACAGAGGUUGAAGUUUCAGAAUCUACCACUGCUGAAGUUGAAGUUUCCUCAGAGUCAUCAAUUAAACCAUUAUCCACUGCAAGUCCAAGCUCAGACAAGCCUGUAGAAAGUACUAAAGUAGAAACUACUUCCUACAUAAAAGCUGUAUUUAACGUGACAACCCCAAGUUCACGUGAGAAAGCUUUAAAGAAAGAACAAAGAUUGAAGAAAUGUAAAAGACGGCCAAGACGUAGUAAGUGUUUCACUUCUGAAUUUGGCUGUUGUCCAGACAAUAAAACUCCUGCAAAAGGACCGUUUGGUCAAGAUUGUCCGAGGAUUGAGACAUGUAAAGACACUGAGUUUGGUUGUUGCCCUGACGGUGUAUCUCCAGCUAAAGGGCCCAAAGAAAAAGACUGCCCACCAACUUACUGUGAGCUAUCUCUGUUUGGUUGUUGUCAAGAUGGAAUCACACCUGCUCUGGGUAACGAAUUCUAUGGAUGCCCAUUUGAAGAGACUACUAUUUCUCUGGAUUGCAGCUCUAGCGAAUUUGGCUGUUGCCCUGAUGGUAUUUUGUCCGCAACUGGACCUGAUAACCAAGGUUGUCCAAGCUGUAAUGAAACAUCUUAUGGCUGCUGUCCUGAUGGAAUUACAUCUGCAUUAGGCCCUGAUGGAAUGGGAUGCGAUGAUGAAGUUGUGAUGAGUACUACUGAAUUCCCUGAAAAUGUCACUGAAAUAACUUGUGAAAAUUCAACAUAUGGUUGUUGCCAAGAUGAUAUGACGCCAGCUUUAGGUGCUGACUUUUUAGGUUGUCUAUGCAGCAAAUCGCAAUUCGGAUGCUGUCCCGAUGGUAACACUACAGCAACUGGACCAAACAAUGAAGGUUGUCCAACGCCUCCUCCAGCAUGUGCUGCUGGACCAUAUGGAUGUUGUGACGAUAACAUCACUAUGGCUCAUGGACCGAAUAAAGAAGGCUGCUGUCUUCUAUUACCUUAUGGAUGUUGUCCUGACAAUAUUGUUCCUGCUCGGGGACCAAACUUCCAAGGUUGUGGUUGCGAAUAUUCUCCAUAUGGAUGCUGUCCUGAUAAUAAGACAGCUGCUCGUGGGCCUUCAAAUGAAGGUUGCGGCUGCCAGUAUACAGCCCAUGGCUGCUGCCCUAAUAAUUAUACCCCAGCCGCUGGACCUGACUAUCUGGGCUGUCCUUGCCACACGUUCCAGUUUGGUUGUUGCCCUGAUGGGGUCACUACUGCUAGGGGUCCUCGCCAUCAAGGUUGUGGAUGUGAGCAUACAGAAUUUGGUUGUUGUUCUGAUGGAAGAACUCCAGCUCCUGAUGCUUCUCAAAAUUGCACCUGCGCAGCCUCUAAAUACGGUUGCUGCCUGGAUGGAAUUAAAGCUGCAGAAAAUGAUGAUUUCGGAGGAUGUGACAUUAAACCAGUUCAUAAAGGAGAAUUCUGCUCGCUACCAAAGGCUUUGGGAGAAUGCCGCAAUCUCACUAUUAAAUGGUAUUUUGACAUGGAAUAUGGUGGAUGCUCUAGAUUUUGGUAUGGAAAUUGUGGUGGCAAUGGUAAUAGAUUUUCCAGUAAUGAAGAAUGUAAAUCAACUUGUGUUGAAGCAAAAGGAAGAGAAAGGUGUUACCUUCCCAAAAUCGAAGGUCCUUGUAAGAGUUACUAUCCUCGAUGGUACUAUGACAGAGAAAGAAAAACUUGUUCUCAAUUUAUUUACAGUGGCUGCCUUGGUAACACAAAUCGAUUUGAAACAAGAGAAGAAUGUGAUGAAUUAUGUGGAACUCAGGAAUAUCUUGAUGCUUGUGAUCAGAAGUUGGAACCUGGACCUUGUGCAGGCAAUUUCACCCGUUGGUACUUUAACAAAGAAACUCAAUCAUGCUCUACAUUUAAUUAUGGAGGCUGCCAAGGGACCAAAAACAACUUCCUUACUGAAUCAGCCUGUAAGAUAAAAUGUUUGCAACCUGGAAAAAUGAAAGAGGAAUGCUCACUACCUCGGGAGAAGGGCACUUGCUUUGAGAAACAGCCCAAGUGGUACUUCGACUUUGCUGAAAACAAGUGCUUGCCUUUCCAUUACUCUGGUUGUGGUGGUAAUGAGAAUAACUUUGAUUACAGAGAGUACUGUGAACUAGCAUGUCCUCCGAGGAUUGAACUUGAUACUUGUGUACUGCCUCCAAUGGAAGGUGAAUUAUGUAAACAAAAUUACACUGAAAGAUAUUUCUAUGAUUCAUUAAUAAAGCAAUGUAGACCAUUUUACUUUGGUGGAUGUGGAGGUAAUAACAACAACUUUGUUUCAUUGGUUGAUUGCCAGAGGCGCUGUGACAUAAAGUCUCUUCCACAAGAAAGCCCACUGAUAUUCACUACAGACAUGUGCUUUAUGGCAAGUGAUUCAGGCAGUUGUUCUGGCUCUGAAAUUCGAUGGUUUUAUGACAGACGAGAUGGUAUUUGCAAACAGUUUAGAUAUUCAGGCUGUGGUGGAAAUGGCAAUAAAUUUGCGUCCCGGCAAGAUUGUGAAUUUUCUUGCGGCAAUAUUCAAGAUGUUUGCACAUUACCACGAGUUGUUGGACCGUGUGAUAGUACAAUUAGACAGUGGCAUUAUGAUCAAGCCACUCAAUCUUGCCAAGCAUUUGACUAUGGAGGUUGCCAAGGAAAUGGUAAUAGAUUUGAUUCGGAAGAAGAAUGCAGGAGCCGAUGUGUCAAGGCGACAGACGUUGCUCCCGUUACUCAGCAUCCUUACGAAAAUAUAUGUUACUUCCCUGUCCAACCUGGUCCUUGUCUCAAGCAGAUUCCAGCCUGGCAUUAUGAUCCCAAUUCAGCAACCUGUAAACUGUUUUAUUAUGGAGGCUGUGAAGGCAAUGCGAACAGAUUCAUGUCAGAAGAGCAAUGCGAAAGGCAGUGUGGUCAAUUCAGAGGGCAAGAUCCCUGCUCAGUUGAAAAAGAAGUUGGUCAUUGUGAGAAAAAUGAACAGAAAUAUUUCUAUAACAUCCAAACUCAAAGUUGUGAAGAGUUUGUAUACAAUGGGUGUGGAGGAACUCCUAAUAGAUUCAGUUCCAAUGUAGAAUGCCAGGCGGUAUGUCUAGAGAAGCACGAGCCCCCUAUACCUGUUGAUGAAGUUACCCCAGCUGUCAACCAAGCUAUUUGCAAUCUACCAAUGGAAGCCGGAACUUGCAAUGGUUCUUAUAGACGGUGGUAUUAUGAAGCGAGAAGGAACAGCUGUUAUCCAUUUUAUUAUUCAGGGUGUGCCGGUAAUCUUAAUAACUUCCUUACCCAUCAAGAAUGCAAUGACUUCUGCACACCUAUAACAAAGGAACCAUCUGGCAAUGAAAUAGACGUUGAUGAACAACAGAAAAAAUGUGCUGAGAUAGAAAGGAAAUGUGAAUUACUUAGUGGUUGCCGCUAUGGGCAAGAACAAUGGGUCGACUCGGCUGGGUGCUCUGCUUGCCGUUGCCAUGAGCCUUGCCUCUCUUCACCACCUGACUGUUCACCAGGCCAUUCCUGCAACGUUGAGCUGAUACAGAACCCUCAGACUGGUUAUACUGAAUACAGAGCAGUAUGUAGGCCAGAUAUAAAACCAGGAGAUUGUCCUGUUUUUGCAACAAGUGAAAAUUGUAAUCAAGAAUGUAGAAAAGAUUCAGAAUGCCCCGAUGAUCAUAAAUGCUGUUACAAUGGUUGUGGAACACAAUGUUCACCACCUCGCUCUGAAGAACCUGUCACCCGUGAGCCACAGUUCCCUGAGUCUCCAGGGGAAGCCCCUGUGAUAUCUGAUGAGAGCCCAACUGAUGAAAUCUCUCAGGAAGGCUAUUACGCCACUUUCAACUGCAUAACAAGAGGACGUCCUACUCCCACUGUCAGUUGGCACAGAGAUGGAGUCAAGUUACAAGUGAAUGUCACUGGAGGUGGAAGAUACAGGCUUCUUGAAAAUGGUACAUUGCAAGUCAUCGGACUAGAGAAAUCUGAUGCUGGAACUUAUACAUGUACAGCUUCUAAUGGCAUCGAGCCUGAUGCAACAAGGGACUACAAGUUGACAGUACAUGAUGGUGUGAGGCGGGAUGCAGCUGUAGUCGGUGAAGAGAAUACUGAUAUGGUGGUGAGCCUUGGUAAUCCUGCAACCCUUACCUGUUAUGCUAUUGGGUGGCCAAGACCGUCAGUCAACUGGUGGCAUGGUUCUCAGAUGCUGCCAUUGAUCUCUGAAAUAUUUGAACAGAAACGAGACAACACAUUGCUCAUUAGGCGUGUUGCAUUGUCAAACCUCGGUAUCUACACAUGCCAAGUCUACAAUGGAGAGGGCAAAGCUGCCUCUUGGACUGUUGCUCUGAAAGUAAUAGGCCCAGUAACAUCUUUGGAUCCUAACGACGUCACUUAUAAUCAGUUUGUACUGCCCGCACCAAGGACCCCUGCAGUAGAUGCUAGAGCUCCGUAUCGCCCACCUCCACCUCCACCUCCCCCUCAAACACAACCGCCAAUACCUACCACACCAGUCCCUGUGAGAGCAAAUAUUAGCAAUGUAGCGCAAGAUGUAAAUGCUGGAUCGAACUUCAACCUUAAAUGUGAUGUAACUGGAGAUCCAAGGCCUGCGAUAAAGUGGUACAAAGACUCCAACCCAAUUGAAUCAACUGAUAGAAUUUCAGUUUCAGGUGACACAUUAUACUUAAAUAAGGUUCAGAAAGAAGAUUCAGGGGAAUAUAAAUGUAUCGCUGACAAUGGGUAUACUGCUGCUGAAACUUCCGUUCUUAUAAAUGUUAAAGAAAUGAUUCAUCCAAACUGUACUGACUCUCCAUUCCUGGCAAAUUGUAAACUCAUCAUUGAGGCCAAGUACUGUAAUCAUAAAUUUUAUGCCAAGUUCUGCUGUAAGUCAUGCACUGAAGCGGGGCUGCUACCUGUUAACAGAUUCGAUGGCCCUUGGACAAGAACAAAGAGAUUUAUACCUGAACGCUUAACUCACUUUAGGUUAUUACCUUCUGUAUAAAAGUAUUUUUCAACUUUUCAGAUACUGAUAAUACAUUGACCAUAGAUUUUAUAUAUUUUUUUAACUUUGUCAGCAACAUGAAAUUUCAAUUUAAUUGUUGUAUUAUAAAUAUCAAUGGUGAGACCAUAUAUAUCUGUUGUUUCUGGUGUAACCAGAGAACCAUCUAUGAAAUUUUAUUCGUUGUAUAACUAUAUACAAUGUUAAAGAAUCGUGUAUCGUAUAUAGGACAGUAUUCAGGAAGGCCUGAAGCCAUUUUUAGUUGUUAUAUAACAUGUUAAAUGUUACCCUUAUUGUUCCUUUAAAAAUUUGUUUACCCCAGAUGAUCAGUGGGUUCACUGCCACUAUUUUAACUGGCAAAUGCCGAUACAUAUAAUUAUGUAUUUGUUUUAUACAUAGAGAAAUAAGUGUAAUUUAUUAUUUAAGAAAGAAUAUAUGUGAAUAAGUGAUAGUACAAUGUAUGUAAUUUUUUGAUAUUUAUAUUUAAAAUUAUUAUUAGUAUUAAGUCAAAAAAUGUCAAUACGACACUUAUAUUUCACAUAGAUCAAUGUAUUAUUGGAAGUGUACAAAUAAGUUAUAUGCUACUUCUAAGUCAUUUGUUAAUACAGAAUUUAAUGAAAUGAAUAGACCAUGGGCUAGAUUUUUAAUUUUAAGUGAAAUAGUAUAAUUCCUUUUUUUAUAUAUAUUAAAAUCAUUGUGCCUUAUUGUAUACUGUGAUUUACUUUAGAUUUUCAGAAUAAUUAGCAGAUGAUUCAUUUUGAAUAAUUAUGUAAAAUAAAAACAUAUUUUUAGUUUUAAUCAUCAAAACACUUCUGUUGACUCACUAAUUUUGAUGAAAGAAAACCAGUAAGUUUGUCAUUUAAUGUACAUAUAUAAAUAUAUUAAAAUAUAAUUUGUGUCAUUUAUUUCUACCAAAUUUUAUAUAUCUAUUUAAAACAAUUAUAAACAUUACAAUAUUUUUUUAUAAAGGGAUAUAUUUAGCAAUGACUGCAAUAAAUCUUUUUGAGUUUAA